AUGAAAGUACUUGAUACAACCAAGUUUGAUCUUAUAACAGAUGCUGAUCCAUAUAUACCCGGAGAGAUUGGACCUGAUGGCAAUGGUGUAAACUGGUGGACAAAUCAGAAUAAUUUCUUUCGAUCUGUUCGCAACUUUGUAAUUGAUGUCACAGCCAUGUCACCAGCAGCCUUUGGUACAGGAAUUCACUGGCAAGUUGGACAGGCAACAUCAUUGAUGAACAUUGAUUUCAAGAUGAACAAGGCAGCAGGGACAAAGCAUCAAGGAGUCUUUAUGGAAAAUGGGUCUGGUGGAUUCAUGUCAGACCUCACUUUUGAUGGGUAA